AUGUGGUUAGAGUUUCUCCUAUUGGUCAUCGCUGCCGGUGCCCAGACACACUCGGCGCCACAUUGGGCACAGCAGCCGCAACGUAACUACAUACUGCCGCGCUACUAUUGCCCUCUGACAAAGGAUGACAAACUACAUAGCAACAUCUACUUAGGAUAUAUCGUCGAAUAUGGCCAACCCUGCAAAAACGCAGCACAAACAUGCAGAAAAAUUUGUGAAGUUUACGGCGCGGAUGCUGUAAGUGAACGUAAACGUAGGACGCAGGAGUUGUUUAUUCAAUUUCGUUCUGGAAAUUUUGAUGUCAAAGAUCGACCUCGCUCUGAUCGGUCAGUCACUGAAAAAGUCGAUGAAAUUUUGCAACUGGUCGAGCAAGACCGGCAUGUGAGCUGUCAGGAGAUAAUCAAUGCACUAAGAAUCAACCAUGUGACAGUUUGGAAUGAUUUGAAAAAGGCUGGCUACGCAAAGAAACUCGAUGUUUGGGUGCCACAUGAAUUAACGCAAAGAAAUUUGAUUGAUCGAAUUUCCAUCAGCGAAAUACUACUAAAACGCAACGAAAUCGACCCAUUUCUGAAGCAAAUCAUCACGGGCGAUGAAAAAUGGGUGAAAUACAAGAAUAUCGUUCGUAAAAGAUCAUGGAGUAAGCGCGGCGAACCACCACAAACGACUUCAAAGCCUGGAUUGACGGCAAAUAAGGUGAUGCUGUGUGUAUGGUGGGAUUGGAAGGGAGUCGUCCAUCAUGAGGUGUUACCACAUGGCCUAACGGUUAAUUCAGAGCUCUACUGUUCACAACUGGAUAGAUUACAGGAAGCGAUUAAGGAAAAACGAUUAGAAUUGAUUAACAGAAAAAGUGUUGUCUUCCAUCAUAACAACGCCAGACCACACACAUCUUUGAUGACGCCAAAAAUUAUGAUAACCAAAAAUUGA